CAGGUCAAAUUCUAUCACCAUACUGACCGACGAAAGACCGCCACGAUGAUCGGAAUCUCCAUAGGUAGCCUCACCACCUACAUCGGCAUGGCCAUCGGCGUCGUCAAAAGCUUAGCCGUCGACGAAAAUCACCGCCCCAAAUCGCAUUCCAAAGUGUGGUUCGCCAAGAUGCACGGCCUGGGCAACGACUUCAUGGUCGUGGACGCCGUCACCCAGAACGUCUCCUUCACGGCGGACCAGAUCCGUCGGUUGGCCGACCGACACCUGGGCGUCGGGUUCGACCAGCUCCUGGUCGUCGAGCCGUCGCCCGAGCCUGACGUGGACUUCCACUACCGGAUCUUCAACGUGGACGGGAGCGAGGUGGCCCAAUGCGGGAACGGCGCCCGGUGUUUCGCCCGCUUCGUCCAGCUCCAGCACUUGAGCCGGAAACGCGACCUCCACGUCAGCACCGCCUCCGGCCGCCGCAUGGUCCUCUCCAUCACGCCGGACGACCAGGUCCGCGUCAACAUGGGCGAGCCCGUCUUCGAACCGCGACUCAUACCCUUCCGCACACCGACGAACAAAACCGAGACUCUUUACCACAUGGAUAACGUGACAUUCGGUUGCGUGUCGCUAGGCAACCCGCACUGCGUGGUCCAGGUCCAGAGCGUCAAGACCGCGCCUGUGGAUACGCUCGGAGCCAUGCUGGAGACCCACGAGCGCUUCCCGGAGCGAACCAACGUGGGCUUCAUGGAGGUCGUCGAUCCUGGGCAUAUCCGGCUCCGCGUGUUCGAGCGUGGUGUGGGCGAGACGAGGGCCUGUGGCAGCAACGCCUGUGCUGCUGUUGUCUGCGGCGUCCGCCAGGGUGCGCUGACGUCGCCGGUGCGCGUGGAUCUCCCUGGCGGCACGCUCCGUGUCGCCUGGGCGGGGCUCGGACAGCCGGUCUACCUGACCGGCCCGGCGGUCCAUGUUUAUGAUGGCUUCAUUGAUUUAGGAAAUAAAUGAUUUUCAAACAUGUUUCAGCGUUUCUUUUUAA